UUUCACUUUCCCUGCUCGCUGAUCAGGAGCAAGCCAGAGGUGGAGGAAGGCAGCAGGAGAAAGCCGGGUGCCCAGCCAAAGGUAGGCAGGGGAGGCCCCCGCACAGAGAGGGGGCGGCAGGAAGAGGGGGAGCAAGGAGACCAUAGAUGGUGAUAGCAGCUGAGACACUGUGAGCAGGAUGGGGUGAGCCGUGUGCCCACAGAUUGCUGCCCCUUCCCAGAGACCAUCAACCCCCCCUGAGCGCAGCCCAGCCUGGGGGACGACUGAGCACCAUGGCUGUCAAUGAAUUCAAAGAUGCUGUCUAUAAAGGGAGGCUGACACAUGCAAUUUCUAAUGUGCAGCAGAGACCGCUGGAGUUGUUUAACAGCCACACCCUCAGCAUUGCCGUCACUGGGGAGUCGGGCUCUGGGAAAUCCUCCCUCAUCAACGCCAUGCGGGGGCUAUGUGCUGGUGAUGAAGGUGCUGCUGAAACUGAGAUGCUAGAUACCAUGAGGGAGCUGACGGCUUAUCCAGAUCCCAUUCUUCCAGGUGUCACGCUCUGGGACCUGCCAGGGGUGGGGACGUUCUAUUUCCCUCUAGACACCUACUGUGAGCAGCUCAAUUUGAGCCAAUACGAGUUCUUCAUCAUUGUUGGCUCCCAGCGCUUCCGCUCCGACCACGCCAGGCUGGUCCGUGAGAUCCAGAGAACGGGCAAGAGGUUCUAUUUUGUGCGCUCCAAAGCCGACGUGGACCUGGAUGCUUCCAAGAGGCAGCGUCCCCCCAGCUACAACCAGAAGAGGAUCCUGAAGCAGAUCAGGGAGGACUGCAGGAGAGGCAUAGCAGCUGAGGGAGUAGGCCACCCACAGGUAUUUGUCGUUUCGAGUAGGGAAACCAACUGCUACGAUUUUCCCCUCCUGCGACAAACUUUGCAGACGGACCUGCUGAUCCUGAAGAGACACGCGUUCCUGCUUAGCCUGCCUGCUGUCGCCUUGCCCAUCGUCAACCAGAAGAAAGCCAAUCUGAAGGGGGAGAUUUGGAAAAUAGCCCUUCUCUCAUGUCUUCUCGCUGCCAUUCCUGUCCCAGGCAUCGCUUUCUUGUGCACCUUCUUCCUCUUCAGAAAACACCUGUUCCAAUACUACAGCAGCUUCGGUGUGGAUGACAGGUCCCUCUCUGCUCUCGCCCAGCAGGUUGGGAGGCCCGUGCGGGAGCUGAUGGCCGUGAUGACGUCCUUGGGAACGACCCCCAUGACGGCUCUGAAGCUGUUGUCGGAUUUGGUGGGGACUGCCGUGAUGGGAGCGGAAUAUUCGUGGAAGCGCCUCCCCGUAUUUGGUGCCAGGGUGUCUGGAGGGGUGGCGCUGGUUACCACGUACUUCAUGCUGCGGAAGUGUUUGGCGUCUGUAGCUGAUGAUACCCAGCGGGUUCUGAGCAAAGCUCUGGAGGCCGAACGGGAAAACACCAUCUAGGAUUUGGUGUUGCAUUGGAUGAGCCUGCUGCUGUCUAGAAGACACAGUCUUGGACUUCAAGCAGGAAAGAUUCCUGCUUCUUCAUCCAGGAGUUGCAUGUGUAGGCCAAAAGCCUAAUGGAAAGAAAUCGUCUUAAGUAAAAUUUUGCUUAUUUUGCUUUAUACUCCAUUUUGCUAGCUUUGAAUUAGUACGAAGAAAUUAUUCUGAGUUUAUUUUUUGCUGAUUGUGUUAACAUUUGUUCUUCGAAGGAUAGAUGUUUUAUGGCUGUAAUUGCAUUAUUUACUGUUUGAUGUGAGUGAAGAAUGUAUGGUAAUUAACUGAGAAAGGACAACUGGGCCGGAUGGUCAAGAAGGGAGUGGAGGAGUCAAGAGGCAUCAACUUCAUGAUCAAUCACCCUGAUGGCAGAUUGACGAUCCUAAAGCAAAGGCAUACGCCCCAAGGACAAGAUAAGGAGUUGAUCCAAAGGGACGAGAAAGAAACAGCUGCAGAUCCUCCCGGUAACAACUUAAAAUAAUGCUAA